GAUAAAAAUGUAUUAACUGGAAACAAAUCAAGAAGAAAGAUUGACUGGGCAGAACCAUCCCUCGUACCGCCUAGUGUUAAGGAAAGUCAAAUAAGAUUAGGCACGCCAAAGAUUCUAUCCUUUCUAUCUGCAUCAAACUCCAAAAAGGGAACAACGGUAAUUGAAUGUCACAACAAUAUAGUAGAAGGCAACACCCAACGAACAAAGAUUAUUGCUACCAAUAGAGGUGCCCCUAUAUGGACAGACUACCUUCCUUACGCAGUACUUUUGGCUGCUACAAAUGAAGUCUUUACAGUCUUGGCAGGUGAAGAUGGUUCACUCAAUGUUUAUUCUCCUAACGGUCGGCGAUUGUUUCCACCUAUUAUUUUAGAAAGCACAGCUGUCAUGUUGAGAUGUACUUCUUCCUGGUUACUGUGUCUGACUGUUACUGGAUUACUAUAUACAUGGGAUAUAGCUUCUCUAAAAUGCAAACUUGAUGGUGUUUCAAUAGCUCCUAUAUUGCAAGCAGCAAUUCUGUCCGAGACUGAACUACAUGACGCACCACGAAUUAAGGAAAUACGGAUGCAGAAAGAUGGGUUGCCUAUCCUUAUUACGAGUCUACAGCAAGCCUUUGUGUAUCAUACAGACAUGAAAGUAUGGAUGAGAAUCAGUGAUGCAUGGUAUAUCAUCUCGGAAUUUUGGGGUUCUGGACAGUUUCCCUCAGCAGAUGAAGACCACCCUUUGGGUUGGCUUGCUUCACAAAUCGACACGGCGAGAGGAGUUGAUUCUCUAACUCGGUUAAUGAUGGAUAUAGCGAAUACGGAUUACCAUGUAGCAUCUGUGGUGACAAUUGGUCAAAUUGAGACACAACUCGCAGUAGCAGCAUUACUUAAUUCACCAGAAGAGUACUCUCGUUGGAUGACGUAUUACGCCAGAAAGUUGGCAAAGGAAAGCGCGAAAGGCAAAGUAGAGGAGCUAUGUCGAUGGUUGAUUGGUCCGCCCUUCUUGUAA